CCACUCGAUCGUACGCGGGGAGACAUGUUUCAGAGCAGCAUCACCAAGCUGCUGCUGCUGCUACUGUACCUCCCUUCCAGCUCCUGUGCGAUUGACAAUGGCAGCGACUCCGCCCCCAUCGUGACCCUCGACUACGGCGCCUUCCGCGGCCGCCAUGACGCCGCCUACAACAUAACGCUCUUCCGGCGUCUGCCCUUCGGCGCGUCGACCGCAGGCGCAAACCGUUUCCGUGCUCCUCAACCCCCGGAACCAGUCCCCAAUGGCUCCGUCUACGACGCCGACCGCCCCUUCGACAUGUGUCCCCAGCGCACCGUCAACGGCUCCGAGGACUGCCUCUACCUGGGCCUGUACGCCCGACCCUGGACGGACCCGCGCGUAAAGCGUCCUGUGUUGGUCGUCUUCUACGGCGGAGGUUUCAUCCAGGGAAGCGCGAGCUUCGACGUCCCCCCGCCCAUGUACCCCGUCCUGAACGCGAGCGCGGAGAACGACUUCAUCACCGUGUUGCCGAACUACCGCACCGGCGCCUUCGGUCUCCUGCCCGGCGCUGCGUUGAAAGACGCUCCGGACGCGGACCUCAAUGCGGGCUUGCUCGACCAGCGCGCCGCGCUACAAUGGGUACGGAAGCACAUUGCGGCCUUCGGCGGUGAUCCCGACAACGUGACAAUCCAGGGCCAGUCCGCAGGAGGAGGCUCCGUGGUCGCGCAGGCGCUGGCACAGCAGCAGCAGGACAAAAAAGAAGAGCGGCUAUUCCAGCGCGCGUGGGCCAGCUCCCCAUUCUGGCCCAAGACGUACCGCCACGACGAGCCCGAAGCCGAAGCGCUCUUCGCGCAGCUCGCCGAGCGCGUCGGCUGCGCGGACGCCACCACAGCGGCUGGGACGCUAGCUUGUCUCAAGAGUGCGGACUUGCAGGCCUUGCGCGAGGCCAGUCUCGCAAUCGCGGGCUCGCACACCUUCAACACGAGCUCCUACACCUGGGCCCCGAUCAUCGACGGCGACUUCCUGCGCGCCCCGCUGUCUGCCACUUCGCGGUUCGAGUCGCUCGACGCAGCCGUGGUGAGCUACAACAGCCACGAAGGCGAGAACUUCGUGCCCGGGGGGCUGGGGUCUGCCGCAGGCUCGGACGGGUUCAACAGCAGCGAAGCAGGCUUCGAGGCCUGGCUGCGGGGAUUCUUGCCGCGGCUGAGCGGGCCGCAGCGCGAUGAGGUGCGGAAGCUGUAUCCGGCUGCUGGGGAGGUCGAGCACCUUGGCUGGAACGCGAGUGAGGCACGUACGCGCGCAGGAGUUGUGUAUCGGGAUGUUGUGCUCGUGUGUCCGGGGCUGAGGUUGGCGCGGGGGACGCAGGCGGCGGAGACGAGGAAGAAGGCAGGGCAGGGGGACGUGCAAGAGAUGAAGAACAAGAACGGAAAGGGAUACGUGAUCGAGUACACGAGCCCGCCCGCCAAGCACGGCAGCGACACGGUGUGGUGGAACAAGCCGUCGGGCAUGGUCUACGCCAACGCGUCGGCCAUGCGCACAUACGAGGGGUACGCGGGCGCGAUGGGCCGGUUUUUCAUGGCUGGUGAUCCGAAUGCUGGGCGGGACGGAGGCGUGCCUGCUAUGCCGGAGGUGGGGGCUGCGGAGGAGUGGGUGAUUGGUGAUGAGGGGCGGUUUGAGACGGCUGGGAUGGGGAGGUUGGAGGAACGGUGCGCGUUCUGGAGGGGGGUGGGGGGUGGUGUGCCGUUUUAGGUGGGUAAGUGUGUGUGUAUGUGCCUGCGAUUAGCAGAUUGGUCGUUCCUCCAUCUUCACGGACGGGUAGAUUUCAAGAGAAAGAGCGGGAGUACAGAGAGACCAGACCCUAUAUUAUAAUAUCACGUUUAGAGAAGCCUCUUCCAAAUCCCACUACAAGACCCAAAAAUACUACCAUCAUCCUCUCACAGUACUCACUAUCCCUCAAACGAGAAAUAAAGAGCUACACUACAACCCUCAGUCCCUCUGGAGACAACCUCGGAUCACCCCUUACAACCUCACCGG